AUGGACAGCAGCGACAGCUGUCGGCCUGUGGGGCCCAAGGAGUGUAAAGACAGUGCUUUAGCAGCAACAAUGCAGCAGCAGCAGCAACAGCAGCAGCAGCAGCAGGAUUUAGCUGCAGGAGACGGUGGUACACCUGCUGCAGCAGCAGCUACUGAUGAGACAGCAGCAGCAGCAGCAGCAGCAAAGCAUUGCGUCAAGGAAGAGAAGCAGUUGCAUGCAGCAGCAACAGAGGCAGCAACAGCAGCAGAACCUUCGGAUGGAAAGGCAGCAGAUUCUACUGCAGCAACUAAAAGCGAAGCAGCAGCAGCAGCAGCAAAUAGUGCAGCAGCAGCAGCAGCAGCAGCAGCAAAAGAAGAGCCACCUAUGGAUGGUGAUGGCGCUGCAGCAGCAAAAACAGAAGAUGCAGCAGCAGCAGCAGCAGAACAACAUGUGAAGCAGGAAGACACUGCUGCUGCUGCUGUGUCUCCUUCUUCUGCAGCAGCAGAAACAGCAGCAACAGCAGCAGCAGCAGCAGCAGCAGCAGCAGAUAGUGACGAUUCAUCUUGUGUUUCUCGAGGAGACACGUCCCCUACUGCAGAAGGAGACACAGCAACAGCAACAUCCCCAGCAGCAGCAGCAGGAGCAGCAGGAGCAGGAGAAGCAGCAGCAGUACAAUCCCCAUCAUCAUCAUCAUCAUCAGCAACAAAAGCAGCAGGAAGAUCAGCAUUAUCAGCAACACCAGCAGCAGCAACAGCAGCAGCAGCAGCAGCAGCAGCAGCAGCAGCAGCAGCAGCAGGAUUAGAGGAACGUAUACCUGGUGUAUAUGUAAAUAUGUUAGGUAAUUAUAAUAAAAAAUUAAAUCCUCGUGUGUCUCUUCUGUCUCCUCCUGAUCUAAUUAAGGAAUAUAUGCAUAAUAUAUUUAUACCUUUGCUGCAGCAAGCUAGACAGCAACAAUAUAAGAGGAGACACAAGCAGCAGCAGCAGCAGCAGCAACAGCAACAGCAGCAGCAGCAGAGGAGAAAGACACCUCUCUUGCUGCACUUACAGGAAGAAAGACACGAUAGUUCUGCAGGAGACACAACAGCAGCAGAACCAUCAGGAGACGAACCUAAUAAACAACAACAGCAGCAACAGCAACAGCAACAGGAGCAGCAGCAGCAGGAGCAGCAGCAGCAAGAGGAAGAAGAAGAAGAAGUGUGCCUGCUGCAUCCCCUGAAUAGUCUCCCCCUCCAAUGCCGUCGUGUUAAAUUGUAUGAAGUAGAUUUAGAGACAGGUUGUUGGGUAGAUAAGGGGACAGGACAUUUUUAUGUUAUAGAAGGAGACAAUCCUGAUUUACCUGAGCAGCAGCAACAGCAGCAACAGCAGCAGCAGCAACAAGGAGAACAGCAGAUUCAUACUCAGCAACAUAUAACGAAUACAACAAGUGGUGAUGAGGCAGACACAGCUGCUGGCGUUCAUGCUGCACAAAAAACAGCAGCAGCAACAGCAGCAGAAACAGCAGCAGCAGCAGCAGCAGCAGCAGCAGCAGAGGUCCAAUAUAGUAGACUAGUAGUAGAGGAAGAAAUAAGUGGUGAAUUUGUUGUUAAUACAAAAAUAAUAUUUAAUUCCUUAUACCAGCACCAGAAGGAUAGUAUAAUUACAUGGCAAGAAGGGAGACAGCAGCAGCAGCAGCAGCAGCAGCAGCAAGACAACAACAACAGCAGCAGCAGCAGCAACAGCAAAGGAGACAGCUAUAGGGCCUUAUCCUUCCAGCACCCUCAUGGAUGCUUCUCCUUAUGGUCUUAUAUUUACCUCCUGUCUCCUGAUAAUUGUGCAGGUAGUAUGAGUGAUGAUGAGGAAGAGGAGACAGCAGCAGCAGCAGCAGCAGCAGCAGGAACAGCAGGAACAGGAACUGCAACAACUGCAGGAACAGAUAGUCAUGGUGCAGCAGGUGCAGCAGGUGCAGCAGCAGCAACAUCGGCAGGGAGAGGAGAUCAUUCAUUAGAUCCUCAUAGUAGUAAUUCUGCUGCUGCUGCUGCUGCUGCUGCUGCAGCAGGAGGAGACACAGAUCUAUCGCUGCUGCGAGGAGACAGUUUGUGGGGUGAUGGAUGUAUGGAUGGAGACAGUGACCUAUUGACUAGCAGCAGCAGCAGCAGCAGCAGCAGCAAUAAUACAUUAGAGACACCAACUGUCUCCUCGUUGCCGCUGCUGCUGCAGCGAAUUGAAUGCGAGCUGCAGCACCCUCAGCUGUCUCUGCAGCUGCAGCAGCAACUAAUAAAUAAAAAAUUCUUCUCUUCUUUCUUUAAUCUUAUGCAUCUACUUAUUCAUCACCUAGAAGGAGACAAAGGAGGAGACAAGGGAGGAGACAAGGGAGGAGACAAGGGAGGAGACAAGGGAGGAGGGAGUAAACCUUCUUCUCCUACUAAUGCUGCUACUGCUGCUGCUGCUGCUGCUGAAACCACCACCACCACCACCACCAGCAGCAGCAGCAGCAGCAGCAGCAGCAGCAGGGAUGGUGUUAGUGAUGGUGAUGUUGAUACAGGGAAAGAAGCAUCAUCAUCAGGAGACACAACAGCAGCAGCAACAGCAGCAGCAACAGCAGGAGCAGCAGCAGCAAACAGCAGCAGCAGCAGCAGGAGCAGGAGAGAAGGAUCAUUAUCUCCUUCUUCUUCUUCUUCUUCUUCCUCCUCCUCCUCCUCUGUAUGGGGUUCUUAUGAGGAGACAGGAGCAGGGGAAGUAACAGGAGCAGCAGGAGCAGCAGCAGCAGCAGCAGCAGGUGUAUCAUUAUUAAGUAAAGAAGAAGCAAGAGAAUAUCUUGAAUUGAUGGCAUUAAUAAUAAGAAGAAUAUUAAUAUAUUAUGCAGGAAAAGGAGACACAUUAUUAUUGUCUCCUUUAUUAAUAAAUAAUUAUUUAUUUAUUAAUAUACUUACUUGUCUUGAGUAUGAUAAGGAUAUCUUGUUCUUAUCUCAUACACAAUUCUUCCAGCAAGUACAAUUCCAUCAUGUAUUAUCUGCAGAUAGCAGCAGCAGCAGCAGCAGCAAGUGCAGCAGCAGCAGCAGCAGCAGCAGCAGCAGCAGUAGUAGUAGUAGUAGUAGUAGUAGUAGUAAGAAAAAGAUGGGUAGUAAUAAUGAUCCUGGUGAUGAUAUAAGACAAUCAAUACAUGAGGAGAAAGAAGAAGAAGAGGAGAAUAAGAAUAAAGAAGAAGAUCGUCAGCAGCAGCAGCAGCAGCAGCAGCAACAGCAGCAACAGCAGCAACAGGAGGAAGAAUUAUUAGAAUGUAUACAUUAUCAUUAUAGAUUAAUGUAUAUAAGAGAUGUUAUUCUUAAUCGUUACUUAGAUGAAUCAUCUAUUCAUCAUCUUACUCAUCUUCUUCAUCAUAACGAAAUUAUCUGCAAAUAG